ACUUUACUCUUCUUCUUGCUGUGUUGGUUGCACUGCACUGUUUAUUAUUCCUUCCCUAUCUAUCAUUUAGCAAUUACCAGUCUUUCUCUCGCCCGCUCGCUCGUAAGAGUAACCACCCACCACGCCUAGCGCCACCUGCAAACGCGCCUCUCAGCUCAGGCGCCUCUCUCUCUUUUCCAUUGGCCGACCACUUGAAUGAAUAAAUGAAUGAAUGAUUAAAGAGGUGGUGGUUCUUCAAAAGUGGAGUUGGGCUUUCACUUUCACUUUCAGUUCAGACAAAAUGUUACAAGGCAGGUUUAGGUUGAGAAUAUUAUCAGCUGCUCUGCUUUCUUUAUUAGUAAUAGUGAGUUGGAGCUCAGCCCCAGUGGCAGAAUCAGCCCUAGGAGUGAACUGGGGGACCGUCUCAUUCCACAAGCUCAAGCCUUCUACAGUGGUAGAUCUCUUGCAAGACAACAAGAUAUCCAAGGUCAAGCUUUUCGAUGCCGACCCAGAUUCUCUUCAGGCCCUCAUGGGCAGUGGGAUCCAGGUCAUGAUUGGCGUCCCCAAUGAGAUGUUGGCCGCCUUGAGCUCUUCCACUGCUGCCUCUGAUUCAUGGGUUCGCCAGAAUGUGUCCAGAUAUAUGCGUAAAAAUGGUGUCGAUAUCAGGUAUAUUGCAGUAGGAAAUGAGCCCUUCCUUUCAAGUUACUCCGGUCAAUUUCAAUCAUAUGUCAUGCCUGUCCUGCUCAAUCUACAACAGUCGUUGGCUAAAGUGAAUCUUGCAAGCUACGUGAAGUUAGUCGUCCCUUGCAAUGCUGAUGCAUACGAGUCUUCUCUUCCUUCUCAAGGGGCAUUUCGACCUGAACUGACACAAAUUAUGACUCAACUCGUUUCGUUUCUCAACUCAAAUGGUUCUCCUUUUGUAGUCAAUAUCUACCCAUUUCUAAGUCUCUAUGGAAGCUCAGAUUUUCCUCAAGAUUAUGCAUUCUUCGAAGGGACAAGCCAUCCUGUUACAGAUGGGUCCAAUGUUUACUACAAUGCAUUUGAUGGAAACUUUGACACGCUAGUCGCGGCCCUCAGCAAGCUCGGAUAUGGUCAGAUGCCCAUAGCUAUUGGGGAGAUUGGGUGGCCCACUGAUGGAGCCAUCAGUGGGAAUCUCACUGCUGCAAGGGUAUUCAACCAAGGUCUCAUAAAUCAUGUCCUCAGUAACAAAGGAACCCCUCUAAGGCCAGGUGUCCCUCCCGUGGAUGUAUAUCUUUUCAGUCUGCUGGAUGAAGGAGCAAAGAGCACACUCCCAGGAAACUUUGAAAGGCACUGGGGGAUUUUUUCCUUUGAUGGGCAGGCUAAAUAUCCAUUGAACCUUGGUUUAGGAGGCAGAGGAUUAAAAAAUGCAAGGAAAGUUGAGUAUCUGCCAUCUAGGUGGUGUGUGGCAAACCCAUCUAGUGAUUUGUCAGGUGUGGCAAACCACAUGAAACUUGCAUGUGGUGUUGCAGAUUGCACCACGCUCACCUAUGGGGGGUCAUGUAACGGAAUUGGAGCAAAGGGAAACAUCUCGUAUGCGUUCAACAGUUACUAUCAGCUGCAAAUGCAGAAUGAACGGAGCUGUGAUUUUGAUGGGCUUGGUAUGGUCACCUUCCUUGACCCUUCUAUUGGUGACUGCAGGUUUCUGGUUGGCGUUACGGAUACUAGGUCUAGUUCUAGUUCCUGUUCUAGUUCUCAAGUUUACAGGAGGUGGGUCAUUGUUUGGAUGCUGAUUGCAUGGAGGGCUUGGUUUUUUGUAAUGUGAAAAGUGGUUUCUUAAGUGGGUUUUUGGCGGCCCCCUCUUCUGAAACUAAACGAAUGCUGAGUAUAGGACUAGGUGAUAAAUAAGUAGUAUAGUGAUCUAAUGGAGGUGUGUAAUUCGGGUAUCAUGCAAGAGACGUGUGGUAUUGAAUUAUUAAAAUAUAUAGUGUGUAUUUUGUAGUAAAGAAAAAGAGUUUAAUAUAAUAAUACAUGUCACA